UACAAGAUCAGAGUGUCCUAAGAACUCCUUAUAUUGCAUGUGUUGAUAUCUCUGGGACUCAGGCUGCAGCUGUGUUGGGCGACUUCAAAGAGUGUGAUCAGGGAACGUCCCCCUAUUUUCCAUUCAGAAGAUGCGCAAAAUGGUCCCAGAAAAGGAUGAACUGGUCUUCUUUGUAAAUGGCAAGAAGGUAGUGGAGAAGAAUGUGGAUCCAGAAACUACAUUGCUAACCUACCUUCGAAGGAAAUUGGGCUUGUGUGGAACCAAGCUGGGCUGUGGAGAAGGAGGCUGUGGUGCUUGCACAGUUAUGAUUUCCAAGUUUGACAACUUCCGAAAGAAAAUAAUACAUUACACUGCAAAUGCGUGUUUAUUCCCCAUCUGUGCCCUCCACCACGUAGCUGUAACCACUGUUGAAGGCAUAGGAAGCACAAAGACAAGGCUGCACCCUGUACAGGAGAGAAUAGCCAAAAGCCAUGGAUCACAGUGUGGUUUCUGUACUCCUGGCAUUGUCAUGUCCAUGUAUACAUUGCUUCGCAAUCAUCCUCAGCCUAGAAUGGAAGAGAUUGAAGAUGCUUUUCAAGGGAAUCUCUGCCGCUGUACAGGAUACAGACCCAUUCUGGAGGGGUACAGGACAUUUGCAAAGGAAGCAGGAUGCUGUGGGAAACAAGCAAAUGGAGUCGGUUGCUGUAUGGCUGGAAAAGAAAGUAAUAUUCAGGGGUGCAAUGACCUAGGCUGUUGCAUGAAUGAAAAAGAAGGCAAUUCAGGACUGAUUACCACAACUCUGUUCAAUAAGUCUGAGUUCCAACCUUUAGAUCCUACCCAGGAGCCUAUAUUCCCACCUGAGUUAUUGACACAGAAUAAGCUUGUGAAGCAACUGUGUUUCAAAGGCGAGCGAGUGAUGUGGUUGCAGCCAUCAACUCUCAAGGAACUUGUGGCUCUGAAGGCUCAGCACCCCAAUGCCAAGCUCGUGGUAGGGAACACGGAAGUGGGGAUUGAAAUGAGAUUGAAGAACAUGCUGUACCCUGUGAUUAUAGCACCAACUUGGAUCCCAGAAAUGAACUCUGUUCAGUACACAGAAGAAGGAAUCAGCUUUGGUGCCUCCUGUAGCCUGAGCCAUGUAGAAGAGGUUCUCAGGAAGGCAGUGGCCCAGCUUCCUUCUUACCGAGCAGAGGUCUUUCAAGCUGUCCUAGAACAACUGAGGUGGUUUGCAGGGCCUCAGAUCCGCAAUGUUGCAGCUAUUGGUGGAAAUAUAAUGACUGCAAGUCCAAUAUCUGAUCUAAAUCCAGUGUUGAUGGCAAGCGGGAGCAAACUGACUUUGGUGUCAAAUGAGGGCAGCAGGACAAUAAGGAUGGAUGAAAAAUUCUUUACUGGGUAUAGAAAAACUAUACUGAAGCCUCAAGAAAUACUGCUUUCAGUUGAGAUUCCCUUCAGUAGGAAGGGCGAAUAUUUCUCUGCCUUCAAGCAAGCUUCAAGACGGGAGGAUGACAUUGCCAUUGUGACCUGCGGAAUGAGAGUUCGGUUUCAAGUGGGAACCAGUCGAUUAGAAGAGAUUAAGCUGAGCUAUGGGGGAAUGGCUCCCACAACAGUCAUGGCUGUAAAAACCUGUCAGGAGCUGGUUGGGAGAGAGUGGAAAGACAAUCUCCUGCAGGAAGCUUGCCGUAUGCUGGCUGGAGAGAUGGAUCUUUCCCCUUCGGCCCCUGGUGGCAUGGUGGAUUUCCGUCGAACUCUCGUGCUCAGCUUUUUCUUUAAGUUCUAUCUCACAGUGCUUCAGAAACUAAGUAUAGAAUUAAAUGACAAUAAUAAUCUGAGUGAUGUGGUCCCCUCCAGGUAUGCUAGUGCCACUGAAUUAUUUCAUAAGGAUCCUAUUAGCAAUGUCCAGCUUUUCCAAGAAGUGCCUGUUGGGCAAUCCAUUGACGAUACGGUGGGACGACCCCUGAUGCAUCUGUCGGCUGCCAAGCAGGCAACUGGAGAGGCAGUCUACUGUGAUGACAUCCCUUCCUAUGCGAAUGAACUCUACCUAACCCUGGUUACCAGCACCAAAGCCCAUGCUAAAAUUAUUUCUAUUGAUACCACAGAGGCUCAGAACGUACCUGGCUUUGUGUGCUUUGUCUCUGAUCAGGAUGUUCCAGGGAGCAAUAUUUCUGGGAUUGCUAAUGAUGAAACCAUCUUUGCAAAAGACAUUGUCACAUGUGUUGGACACAUUAUUGGUGGAGUAUUGGCAGAUACACAGGAACAUUCUCGAAGAGCUGCUAAAGCAGUGAAGAUUACAUAUGAAGAGCUUACACCAAUUGUCACUAUCCAGGAAGCCAUUGAGAAAGAGUCUUUUUUUAAGGCUGAAAGGAAGAUUGAAAAAGGAGAUAUUCAGAAAGGUUUUGAAGAGGCUGAUCAUAUUGUGGAAGGGGAGAUGUACAUUGGUGGCCAGGAACAUUUUUAUCUGGAGACUCACUGCACAAUUGCUGUGCCAAAAGGAGAAGAUGGAGAAAUGGAGCUCUUUGUGUCCACCCAGAACUUAUCAAAGACACAGGAUCUUGUCGCUAAAGCUUUAGGAGUCCCAUCUAAUCGAAUUGUGGUUCGUGUGAAGAGAAUGGGAGGAGGAUUUGGAGGGAAAGAGUCCAGAAAUAUUAUUCUGUCUACAGCUGUUGCGGUAGCUGCUUCUAAGACUGGCUGCCCAGUACGAUGCAUGCUUGAUCGUGAUGAAGAUAUGUUGAUUUCUGGUGGAAGACAUCCAUUUUGGGCACAGUAUAAGGUUGGCUUUAAGAAAAAUGGAAGGAUUACUAGCCUAGAUGCAUCAUAUUACUGUAAUGGAGGAAAUUCUGUUGAUCUUUCUCAUGGGGUUAUGGACAGAGCUGUGCUUCACAUGGACAAUUCCUACAACAUCCCAAAUAUCAGAGGUAUCGGCGUAAUCUGUAAAACCAACUUGUCCUCCAACACAGCCUUCCGUGGAUUUGGGGGUCCCCAGGGAAUGAUGGUUGCUGAGUGCUGGAUGAGUGAGAUCGCCUUGAAGUGUGGGCUGCCAGCAGAAGAGGUGCGAAAAAUCAAUCUGUAUAAUGAAGGAGAUAUAACUCAUUUCGAUCAAAAGCUUGAGGGGUUCACCUUGAAAAGAUGUUGGGAAGAGUGCCUUACAAAUUCCAAUUAUCAUUCCAGAAGAAUAGCCAUUGAGGAGUUCAACCGGCAGAAUCGCUGGAAGAAGAAGGGCAUGGCCAUUCUUCCAACCAAGUUUGGGAUCAGCUUCACAGUUCCUUUCCUGAAUCAGGCUGGUGCACUGGUACAUGUUUACACUGAUGGUUCAGUGUUGCUCACACAUGGUGGGACUGAAAUGGGUCAAGGUCUGCACACCAAGAUGAUUCAGGUUGCCAGCAGGACUCUGGGGAUCCCUACCUCUAAGAUCUAUAUAAGUGAGACAAGCACUAACACAGUGCCAAAUGCAUCUCCAACAGCCGCUUCUGUCAGUGCUGAUAUCAACGGGAUGGCUGUUUUUAAUGCUUGCCAGGCCAUCUUAAAAAGAUUGGAGCCAUUCAAAUGUGCUAACCCAAAAGGAUCAUGGGAAAAUUGGGUAUUAGCAGCCUAUCAUGGUUGUGUGAGUUUGUCAGCUACAGGAUUUUAUAGAAUUCCUGAUGUUGGCUAUGACUUCUCGAAGAAUGCCGGAAAGCCCUUCCAUUACUUCUCCUAUGGUGUUGCUUGUUCUGAGGUUGAGAUAGACUGUUUGACUGGUGACCACAAGAAUCUUCGCACUGACAUUGUGAUGGAUGUUGGCACCAGCCUGAACCCAGCUAUAGAUAUAGGGCAGAUUGAAGGAGCAUUUGUCCAAGGAACUGGCCUGUUUACCCUAGAGGAGCUGCGCUAUUCCGCAGAAGGCAACUUGUAUACCCGAGGGCCUGGAAUGUACAAAAUCCCUGCAUUUGGCGACAUUCCGUCAGAGUUCUACGUUUCUCUUCUCCGGGACUGUCCAAACAGGAAAGCCAUUUAUUCAUCUAAGGCUGUGGGUGAGCCUCCAUUGUUCUUAGCAGCCUCCGUAUUUUAUGCCAUCAAAGAUGCAAUUGUCUCUGCAAGGGAAGAAUCUGGAUUGAAAGAGCCAUUCAGAUUAGACAGUCCAGCUACUCCAGAGAGAAUACGUAAUGCUUGUGUUGAUGCCUUCACCAAACUAUGUCCAUCUGCUGAACCAGGAACUUUCAAACCAUGGUCUGUGAGAGUGUGAAUGAAGACAAAAAAUAUCUCCACUCAUUAAACUGGUUUUGCCUCCAGGGACCAAAACAAAAGAGCACCUCUAAGCUGAAACCAGAACUGUAUGCCACGUCUACCCUGCUGAUUGAUAAAUCUUCACAAUCCAAUUGUAGAAUCAUCUGUUGGCCAAGAAAAGUGUUAUUGUUGAUGGAUUAUUGCUGGGUUGUAAAUGUAACAAAGGGAGAGAGAAAAUGAGUUUUCUUUCUGUGAACAGAAAGUUUGCUAUGGUUCAUUUAAGCUUGCAGCAAAGAUCAGGAAAACAUAAUCUAUGUAUAUGUUCACUUUUCAAGUGCAAUCAUGGCAUCCAGCCUCAGAAAUGCUACUUUAGCUGAUUUGAUGCAACCAAUUAAUCAUCAUCAUCGCAUCUCAUUUCUCCUUAAUCUUUUGGAUGGAUGACUGAAGAUGGUAAGACAGUGAGGAGAGGCGCCUGUUUCAUUUUCCUUUUGCAUGUUAAGGAUGCAAGAAGUAGUUUAAUGGCUAAGAGAGGCAAUUUCAGCCUCUGCUGUCAGCUUCCUGUUCUCUCAGAGUCACUAGAGUAAAAUCAGAGUUGUCCCCUUAGCCAGAGUGAGACAAUCACUCCAGGCAGGAGAUGUGAGGCCCAUUUCAAUCCAAUACCCAGUUCCAUGGGCUUAAGGUCCAUUGAACUCAGUGGGACUUACUUUUGAGUAGAUAUAUACAGGAUAUCAGUAACCUAUAUUCCAUAGAAAGCUGUUUUUCUCACAACUUAUGGUGCAUUAUCUUCAAUUUAGUUUUGUCAAGAAAUGGAUAGGCUGAACUGAGAAUUGUGGGAUUGCACAAAAGCACAAUUUGUGGAGGCUUAUUAGAGAGUACUGUCUUCCCAUAUUUUGCAAUAUAGUGUUUGUUCAGUGUAGUGUUUGUUUAGCCAAACACUCCGCUACAUGAAUAUUUAUUUUUUUUUCCUUUUAUCCAUUCUAUGCUAUGCUAUUUUUGUGUGGAGGCUAUUAAAGCCUUUUUAGGGUUAUUGUUAUUAUUGCAUUCUGUACUCAUAGUGAAUAUGUCCAAAAAUCCAUAAAUUUUAAAAUGAAUAACAGAAAAUGAAAUAUAUUGUAAAUGUAAACAUAUUUUCUAUAGAUAUGAGUUAAGGUGCCCUAGAAUAUUAGAGAAAUGGGGAGAAUCCUGGAAGUUGGCCAUACUAUGACAGGUGGAGAAAGGUCCUGGCAAACUGGCAGGAUCUGUUCCCUGAAGAUGAGUCAGUUCAUAAUAUACUAGAACUGUUUGAAAGUCAUUUAGCUCACCAUAUAACUCCCUUGCACUCCAUUCCUCCCACGUCAAAUCCCAUUGUGCUGCUUGUGUUAUAUAGCUCCUUACAGCCUUUUAGGGUCUGAACCAAUGUCAAUUAAUGCCAACUCAUUUCCAAAUGUUCAGCAACCAGGAAAUGGUUCAAAGAUCUGGACUUUGCCUUGAGCUCUUGGGAUGCAGUUUCUUGUUGACACCAAGAAAAUUCUAUGAAAGCAGUGUGUGUGUUCCUAGAACAGAGAAAUAAGAACAUACAAUAUUUUACUGAUUUCUAACAAAAGAAAUGAGUCUGUCAAAAGUGAGUACGUACAUGAGCACUGACAAUCCAAACCUUGAAUGGGCCAAAUGCAGUCAUUCUUCUAAUAUAAUUCCCAUUACAUUAAUAGGUGUACCCUAAGUAUGACUAAAUUGUAAUCCGACCUGUUGCUUUUCCAAGUGGUUGCUCAGUAGAGUAAUACGGUACAACCAUGCUGAGUAUUAAAUGUCUUUGUGGUACUUGUUUAAUAAUAAGGUAAAAUACAUUGGUUGCAACUAUUGUUCGUCAUUUACCAAAAUAAUACUUAGUAUUUGGUGCUGAUACUUACCAUUUUGUGUUCUGAUGGAAGAAAGAAAAUGGGUUGAUUGUUCAGUAGUGCUGUCAAUGUCCUGACUCCACUACUUGCUCUAAUUUUGAUGCAUGAGAGGGACAAAUCAUUGUGUAUUACUAGGCCAGUGAUCAGUUGCUGCCUUUUCCUUCUGCCUCCACUUUUUUGGGGGGGGAGGGGUGGCAGCUGGGAUCUAUCACCAUCCUGGGUUUGACCUUGGCAAUGACGCUGCAUUACAGUUUAGGAUGAGAUUUUCCUUUAGUCCUACAGCUGCAAUUCACCUCAAUCAGGCAUUUUGCACCAUAGAAGUGACACUAUUCUUGAGGCAUUUGAUGUUGCUCUGGUGACACCCGGUGCCUGAAGUCAUGGACAGAACCUUUUCUGAUUAUUGAAAGUGUUGGAUGAGGCUGUUGGAGUGACAUGAAGGAAAGUAACGUGGCUGUAUCACUUCAGUCUUAAGAAGUGGGGUGUGUUUUUUUAUGAGGCAUCUUCAAAGCCUUGUUGAAGAAAAAGAAGAUCAUUUUGAAACCCUACUUUUUUAUUUCUUAUUCACUGAAUUCAUUGUGAAAACCCCAUCCCUUGGCUGAUUCCCAGUUUCAGAGACAGAAAAAGUUGUCACUGGCCUGUUUUAAAAGCUAACAAAGUCGGUAAUACUUACCUAAUGCGAUGCUAAGCAAGGAUACAAAUUAAAUGUAUCUGCUGUAUGAUAUUUUGCAAAAGAAACAGUAGCUAUUAGUAACAUCUUGUCGUUAAUGAUUCUUCACAAGAAGGCUACUUUUCCAGGAAUCAUGCAGAUUAAUUUUAACUGUAUUACAGACAUUUCUGAAUGAGUUACUCUUUUAUGAUCAAUCUGGAUAUCUGUUCUAAAUGAAACAUUUUGAAAAAUAAAUAUGCUUUUAAAAUGCU